CGAUCACUGCAAAAAGCCCCUGCCUGGGCUUUCACUGAAAGAAGAAGGCAGUCUUGAUCACAGUCAUUUGUGUGCCUUCAAUCUGGGUCGCUAAGGAAUCGGAAAACCCGGCUGUAGUUGGGGGAGGCAGCAGGCAGGCAGGCAGGCACAGUAGUUCAGCCUCCUAGCUCCUAACUGUGGACUUCACGCUGGAGAGAGUCAAAAGGAGUGGAAGGAAGACUUCUUGGAGUUUAUCAUAGGGGAAUCCUGAGGUCAUUCAUGAUGAAGUGUGCAGUACAAGAGUGGCUCAGAAUAACUUCACUGCUAUUCAUUGCUAAUGCCAUCCCAGCAAUGGUUGUUCCCAAUGCCACAGUUUUGGAGAAACUUUUGGAAAAGUACAUGGACGAGGAUGGUGAGUGGUGGAUCGCCAAGCAAAGAGGGAAAAGGGCGAUCACAGACAAUGAUAUGCAGAGUAUCUUGGACCUUCAUAAUAAGUUAAGAAGUCAGGUGUAUCCACCAGCUUCUAAUAUGGAAUAUAUGACAUGGGAUGUAGAACUGGAGAGAUCUGCAGAAUCCUGGGCUGAAACUUGCCUGUGGGAACAUGGACCUGCAAGCCUUCUUCCAUCAAUUGGACAGAAUUUGGGGGCACAUUGGGGAAGAUACAGGCCUCCAACAUUCCACGUCCAAGCAUGGUAUGAUGAAGUGAGAGACUUUACCUAUCCUUAUCAGCAUGAAUGUAACCCAUAUUGCCCCUUUCGAUGUUCUGGUCCAGUUUGCACACAUUAUACUCAGGUUGUUUGGGCUACAAGUAGCAGAAUAGGUUGUGCUAUUAAUUUGUGCCACAAUAUGAACAUCUGGGGACAGAUAUGGCCUAAAGCAAUUUAUUUAGUGUGCAAUUAUUCUCCAAAGGGUAACUGGUGGGGCCAUGCACCUUACAAACAUGGUCGACCCUGUUCUGCAUGUCCACCCAGUUUUGGAGGGAGCUGUAGAGAAAAUCUUUGCUACAAAGAAGGCUCAGAAAGGCAUUUCUCUCCUCAUGAACCAGAAGAAACAAAUGAAAUUGAACGACAGCAGUCACAAGUGUAUGAUCCCCAGAUUCAAACAAGAGCUGAUGACAGUAACAGAAAUGAAGUUAUAAGUACACAGCAAAUGUCUCAAAUUGUUGCUUGUGAGGUGAGAUUAAGAGACCAGUGCAAAGGAACAACAUGCAAUAGAUAUGAAUGCCCUGCUGGCUGCUUGGAUAGCAAAGCCAAAGUUAUCGGAAGUGUACAUUAUGAAAUGCAAUCAAGCAUCUGUAGAGCUGCAAUACAUUAUGGAAUAAUAGACAAUGAUGGUGGUUGGGUAGAUAUCACUAGACAAGGAAGAAAACAUUACUUCAUCAAAUCCUAUAGAAAUGGUGUCCAGUCAAUCGGCAAAUAUCAAUCUGCCAAUUCCUUCACAGUCUCUAAAGUGACAGUUCAAGCCAUCACUUGUGAAACAACUGUGGAACAGUUAUGCCCAUUUCACAAGCCUGCUUCCCACUGCCCAAGGGUAUACUGUCCUCGCAAUUGCAUGCAAGCAAACCCACACUAUGCUCGUGUAAUUGGAACUCGAAUUUAUUCAGAUGUGUCUAGCAUUUGCAGAGCAGCUGUUCAUGCUGGUGUAGUUCGUAAUCAGGGUGGUUAUGUUGAUGUCAUGCCAGUAGACAAGAGAAAAGUUUACACUGCCUCCUUUCAGAAUGGCAUCUUCUCGGAAAGUUUGCAGAAUCCUCCAGGGAAAGGCAUUCAGAGUAUUUGCUGUUGUUUGAACAGGACAAAUGAAAUGCAAAAUGUUAAAAACAGCACUCGGAAGGGGAUGGUGAAGAUGAAUCAGAAUGCUAUGCUCUACUACUAAAUUGUAUAAAGCUGUAACAUUGUUGUAUAGAAGAUAUCAACUCUUUGUAGCCCCUAAAAGUGUCAGUGCAUGUAAAUCUGGAUAAAUUCUGUAAAAUAA